CCCCUUCGGGGUAGGGGUUGGAGCAGCUCCUGGGCCAGGUCCGGCAGUCGCUUGUCAUCCGUCGAAGACUUAGCUCCUGGCUCUCCUCGUUAAGCGCUGGCACAAUGAGGUCGCUCAGUUUACUGUGGCCGGGUUACCACUGACCUUUAUCUACUGGAAUAUGGCCGCGCCGCUCCCAGCGGUCGCUCCCAGGCUCAUGGCAGGGCCGGGAGGAGGCGGCGAAAGGGAGACGCGGAUGCUGCCGCGGUCGCCGCUGCUGCUGCCGUUGCUGCUAGGGAUUCUCCUCAGCCGGUGCCUAGGAGAGCAGCCCGCUCGCGCCGCCGCCGCCUCUUCCUCCUCCUCCUCCUCUUCCUCCUUGUUGCCCGGGGCAUCUGAAUCUGAGGAAACGGUGAUAAUAGGGUUACGGCUGGAGGACACGGACGACGUGUCCUUUAUGGAAAAGGGAGUGCUCCGGGUGAGCGAGAGAACUCGUGUCAAACUGCGGGUCUACGGGCAGAAUAUCAAUAACGAGACCUGGUCCCGCAUCGCGUUCACCGAGCAUGAACGGUGGAUGGAUGGGGAAGGCAGGCGGCCGCCAGCUGAACAGGAAGACGGUCCGGUCCCCGUGGCUUCCAUGUCGUCGGCCCCGCAGCGUUGCGGCAUCCGGACGUCGGACAUCAUCAUCCUCCCGCAUAUCACCCUCAACCGCCGGACCUCGGGGAUCAUCGAGAUCGAUAUCAAGCCGUUGCGCAAAACGGAAAAAAGCAAGUCCUACUACCUGUGUACCUCUGUGUCUUCCCCUGCUAUCCUAGGAGGGGCGGGGAGCGUGGCCGGGAGCCCCGGUGGUGGAGGUGGCAUUAUUGGUCCUGAUGGAGGGCCCUGGACUGAGACCACCUGGAUCUAUCAUGAUGGUGAGGACACCAAGAUGAUUGUAGGUGAGGAGAAGAAAUUCUUGUUACCCUUCUGGCUUCAGGUGAUCUUCAUCUCCCUCCUGUUGUGUCUUUCUGGCAUGUUCAGUGGUCUCAACCUGGGACUUAUGGCUCUUGAUCCUAUGGAGUUGCGUAUUGUGCAGAAUUGUGGGACAGAAAAAGAAAAAAACUAUGCUAAGCGCAUUGAGCCUGUGCGUCGCCAGGGCAACUACUUGCUCUGUUCUUUGCUCUUGGGUAAUGUAUUGGUCAAUACUACCCUUACCAUCCUGCUCGAUGACAUUGCAGGUUCUGGACUGGUGGCAGUGGUAGUAUCCACCAUUGGUAUUGUCAUUUUGGGUGAGAUUGUGCCACAGGCUAUUUGUUCCCGGCAUGGUCUGGCUGUGGGUGCCAACACCAUCUUCCUUACGAAGUUUUUUAUGAUGAUGACCUUUCCAGCCUCUUAUCCAGUCAGCAAACUGCUGGACUGUGUUUUAGGGCAAGAGAUUGGUACUGUCUAUAACCGUGAGAAACUACUUGAAAUGUUAAGAGUCACUGAUCCUUACAAUGAUUUGGUCAAAGAAGAAUUGAAUAUAAUUCAAGGAGCGCUGGAGUUGCGCACCAAAAUGGUGGAGGAUGUAAUGACUCCUCUCCGGGAUUGCUUCAUGAUUACUGCUGAAGCUGUACUUGAUUUCAACACUAUGUCUGAAAUCAUGGAGAGUGGCUAUACACGUAUCCCGGUUUUUGAAGGAGACCGCUCUAAUAUUGUGGACCUUCUUUUUGUCAAAGACUUAGCUUUUGUGGAUCCUGAUGAUUGCACUCCACUCAAGACCAUCACACGUUUCUAUAACCACCCACUGCACUUUGUCUUCAAUGACACCAAGCUUGAUGCCAUGCUUGAGGAAUUCAAAAAAGGUAAAUCUCACUUGGCAAUUGUGCAGCGGGUGAAUAAUGAAGGGGAAGGGGAUCCUUUUUAUGAAGUCUUGGGCAUUGUUACCUUGGAAGAUGUAAUUGAAGAGAUCAUCAAGUCUGAGAUUCUAGAUGAAACAGAUCUCUACACUGAUAACAAGACCAAAAAGAAAGUAGCCCAUCGGGAGAGAAAACAGGAUUUCUCUGCCUUCAAACAGACAGAUAGUGAAAUGAAGGUUAAAAUCUCACCACAAUUGCUUUUGGCAAUGCACCGUUUCCUAGCAACAGAGGUUGAAGCAUUUGGCCCAUCCCAAAUGUCUGAAAAGAUCCUCCUGAGGUUACUAAAGCAUCCCAAUGUGAUUCAGGAGCUGAAGUAUGAUGAGAAAAACAAGAAAGCCCCUGAAUACUACCUCUAUCAGCGAAACAAACCUAUUGAUUACUUCAUUCUAAUUUUACAGGGAAAAGUAGAAGUAGAGGCUGGGAAAGAAGGAAUGAAGUUUGAAGCUGGUGCUUUCUCUUACUAUGGAGUGAUGGCUCUCAUAGCCUCACCAGUUCCUUUAUCCCUGUCUCGUACCUUUGUUGUCAGCAGAACAGACAUACUAGCCCCAGGCAGUCCAGCUGAAAAUAAGUCACCACCUCGUUCUUGUGGCUUAAAUCAUUCAGAUUCUCUUAAUAGAGGAGAUCGCAUUGAUGCAGUGACACCAGCAAUAGGGAAUAGCAACAAUCAGUUGAACUCCUCAUUUCUUCAAGUAUAUGUUCCAGAUUACUCAGUCAGAGCAAUCUCAGACAUUCAAUACGUCAAGAUCUCAAGACAGCAAUACCAAAAUGCCCUAAUGGCAUCUCGAAUGGAUAAAACACCUCAAUCCUCGGACAGUGAAACCACUAAAAUAGAACUGACUCUUACAGAACUGCAUGACGGUUUGCCGGAUGAGAUGGCAAAUCUACUGAACGAACAGAACUGUGUAACUCACAACAAGUCCAACCACAGUAUGCAUAAUGAAGGUACCAUUUAGGAAUUGUCACACUGCUUUCGUCCUCUUUCUCUGCUUUCCAUCUUCGUCGCUGGUUCACCAGGACCAGUCCUCCCUCCUUUGCCUUCUCUCCAACUGUGACCACCAUUAACGUGUGCUUAUAUCCAGUGUUCUGAGACCAAAGACAUCCUGGGAGCAGGAGACAACAUUGGGAAGGAAUGGGAGCUCAGAAAUGAGAGCACAGAAGGAAAAACCAAAAACAAAACAAGCAGCAAACACCUAAGCAAAGCUUGGCAAUGUUGAGCCAUCUUUUUGGGGACAAAUGGCAACAUUAUUCCAAGUGGAGCAGAAUCAGGUCUAUUUUUUCCAGUUACAUUGGUAAUCCUUUUAAAUAUAUGCUGAAAAGUCAAAACAGCUGUAGUUUAUUUUUUCAAGCAAUAUCACGAAUCUUUAAAAAAUAUUUUGCAGUGGGAAAUAUUGCAGGAUAUUCCCAGUUAAACUCUACUGUAUUGUUUGUGACUUUGUUCCAAUGGUCCCAUCUUUCAUUCAUUGCUUUUUCCCCUUAGAUAAAAUGAUGAAAUAUUGUCAUUUGUAGAAUGUAUUGGUUGGGGAAAAAUAUUAAUAUCCUUAAAGAACUUCACACAGAUUGCUCCUGAGACUGGAGAAAAGUAAGUGGCCCUUUAAUCCUUCCGAGUUGUGCAUGAGGACAUGUCAUUUAAGAGGCCAUAUUUUUGAGUCCAGGAAUAGUGGAAUAUGUGGACACCAUAUGAAAAAAGGAGGAUUUGUGUCCUGAAAAAUUGCACAUGGUGUUUUAUUUAUUCGGGAGAUAAGUAGCAAUUUUUGCUGUUUCUCCUUUGCUGAGUGCAUGUUUAAACUUUGGAGUAUUUUCAGAGUCUAUGUAUUGUCAGUCAUGCCGCCCUUUACUUUCAACAAAGAACUUGUUGUAAAAGGUAUGUUAAGAGAGCUGACUUUUUUGUUAUUUAAAAAUGCUGCUAUGCUGAUAGCCAAAGUCAAUCCUCCCAAAGGGUCUGUUCUUAGAAGAUACAUGCCCCUGUAGAUGCUGCUGGGCCAGCCUGUUCUUUAACAUUCCUUUUAAGAUAAAGUCAGUGUGUGUUAGAGGAGUCGAAGCUAGGGGGCAGGAAGAAGAGAGGUGGGAUAUGUUUCAACAGCUGGGGGAGAAAUUCUGUUUUUUCAUACAUUCAUUCUUUAGAGGUCCUCUUUUUAACCUUCAGUUCUUAAUCAGCUGUUCAUAAUUUUUAUGAACACUUGGGCAUGAAAAAUGAAGAGCUAAAUCCCCGAAGAACGUGCUCCACUUCAGGAAGUUGCAAUUUAUUUUGUGGCAUCUGGGGAGCAUUCCCUGAGAAAUGCCUUGCAGUUACAUAUUUAAACCACCUCAUUUGACACUGCUGAUGAGAUCCUGAGUUGCCCAUGCCAAUCUCCCUGCUUACAAGAAAUAUGACCUUGAAAACCUAGUAGUACUGAAUGGAGAAAAGGUUCUAUUCUGCAGAAUAGCAUUCAGGGCUGGCCUCCAGAGUGUGUUAGUCACAAUGACCUCCUGAGUCUUGAUGUUUUUUUCAUGCUGGAACUCUGAAUUUACAGGGAUAUUUUGCAGAUGUGAGAUGAACCUUAUGUAAAUUGUCUGUAGCUCUGCUUAUGCAAAUAUCCUAACCCCAAACAGCUGUGUGCCUAAGUGAAAUUUAUUUUACUUUAGGUUGUGAUUCUUAUUUUGCAGUUUAAUCUGUAAAUAUGAAAGAGCUGUUUUUUCAUUGUUGCCCACAAGACUUUUUGAGUUCCCAUGAAGCACAAUGUAGAUUUCUCCAUUGCAGUAUGCCAUUGAGUAGGAUUGACGUUUUGAAAAUUUCCUUUUAUUAGCAUAAUACUCAUAAUCUAUUAACUUUUUUCAGGCUUGUCAUGAAAUGCAGACAAACUUCUUUAGAGGCUGCAAAAUGCUGUGCCCUUGAAUAUUGAAUUUUCUAAUGUAAUGUGCUGUUGAAAAUGAUGCAUUAUAAUUUGGCCUGUUAUGACAGAUAGAUUAACUGUUUCUGUGUUUGUAUUUCAUGUACCUCUUUUCAUAUUUUGUUCCCCAGAACACAUACUGAAUUGUUAGAAUUAUAUCCAAAUGAUUAUGCUGGUUUGUCAUGAAAAGAUUUUCUAGAACUUCCUAAAUAUUUUAAAAGUGUAUAUCAAUCUUUUGUAAUUAUUUCAAAUCACUAUAUAUAGUUGAAUGACUAAAUAUUCCAGUCCAGAGCCGAAUGACCUCUAUCCCUGAAACAAAGUGGUGCACGGAAGAAAUUAGUAGCAGGCUAUUUGUAUUAUUUAGGCUUCCCAGCCAAUGCAAAGCUAAAGGUGCUCUCAGUUCAAAAGAAGAGGUAAUGUUUUAGAAGUUUUCUUCUUUAUAUCUAUUCUGUCAAUAUCUGCAUCACAGUUGGACUUUACUUUCUGAUGAGUGGUCUCCUUUCCUGUUCAAACUUCAAGAUUCCAUCAUGUAUUAAAAUGUAAUGUGUAAAAUUAACAUCCACUGGAUUAUCUGAAUUUACUCAUGUCUUUAAGAAUAUUACUCAAUUUAUGUAAAUUCUGCUUUCCAUGUAUUAUGCCAAUCAUUUUGUCCAUUUUUUUAAAAAAAUAUCCAAAUAUAUUUUGGCAAGUAGCGUGACUUUCACAGUCACUUUAGAAUGGAAUGUUUGGAACCUUUCCCAUUCAAAUACCACAGGGCAGGAAAAGUUUGAAAUAUGAGUCUUCAGAUUUUGACAGACAUCUUCCUGGGCUCUUUGUCCCACUGCUCUACUGCUCAUGUUUUCGCUGUUUCUUCUUCUGGGAUUUGUUAGUCAGCAUUGGUCAUUAAGUUUUUGUAUAAGUCUUACAUAUAGCCUUUUGAACCAUGCUUGUUUUUUCUUAGACUAGUUCUUCAACUGCCUGUGAAUUAGUUUUGCACUUACUAAUGUGAAUGCCUUAUACCUUUUAGGAUAACACAUUUCUAAGUCUCCAUAAAGUGAUAAUUAUUUCUUGAAAUGUUUUAUCUGUGAAGUAAGAUCUCAGAGAUCAUUAUCUUCAUUUUGCAGUUGGACUUAGCUCCAAAUGUUUUCUCUCUAAAUUUGCAUGCUGUGGGUGCAGAAGAUUUGCAAAGUUUCACUGAUCUUAACCAGCCACCUAAAUGCACAGCUUUUAACAUUUGGGCUGUGUAACCAUGAAUCAUCCAAGUGUGGCUGAAGAUUAGGGCUAUGCAAUUGAAGAAUGAAGUGCAGUAAAUCAAAUUACAUACUUUUGCAUAAUUAAUUUCCAAAAUAUUUUGUAUGCUUUCUCUUAAGGAGCUAAUUUCCAAUUCCAUGUGAAAUAUGUUGGCAUGUAUGAAAGCAAAGAACAAUAUAACCUAAGUAUUAAAUCCUUUAUAUUUUUGAUACAUAAGCAUUAAUCAUCCACUUCCCGCCCCAGUAUACCCCAAUUCCUCUGCCUUUUAAUCUUUAUAAAAAUGAAAUAUAGCACCAUCUUACCCCUUCUGGCAUGUGAAGAAAUGGUACUUGAGCAUAACAUUUCUUUUUUUCAUGUUCAUGUACAGUAUGGUUGUUCUAAACUUACCAAGUCUUGCACAGAGAUUUUAUAUCUUUGUGUCAGGAAUCAGUCCUGUGGGUUUGUGGUAGUAUGAUGGAUAAUAUUCCAAGCCGAUUUUUCACUGUUCUGGCAUCCUUAGGAAACAGGUAGUAUAGUAUCCAGCAAUAAAAAAUAUCAGUUGAUCCAAUGGUCAUAAACACAUUUUUCUCUACUUUGAUGUAUAUAUUAUCUUUCUGAUCAUAUUACGUUCCUCUAUAUAAAUGACUAGAUCUCUGGAGACUGUUUUGAAAUUGUAGGGAUGGCUAUUCCAUGUAGUGAGCUACAGCUACGUGGUUAUGACUGCUUGUAGCAAUAAACUCCUUCAUAUAUAAGUAGUUCUGUAAUUUUGAGCAACUCUCACAAGGUGGUUAUUGUGUGAAUUAAGACAGCCCAGAGAUGUUAUUUAUCAAUUAAGAGUGCAGGUGGAAUCCCACAAGUAAUUAUUAUGUUUCAUGCUCAGGGCUGAUAAGACAAAAGCAAUAUUGCUAGAUCCACCAUGGAGACAUACGUAUGCCUUGUCCCUCAGGUAAAUGUAAUAAAGAAUUAUUGGAAAGGGUUUCAGAAACAUUAAACUCUUAAUACAAGAUAUAAUUAGUCCAACAUGUCCAAAUGACUGUACAUUUCCAACAAGUGAUGUGUAUUUUGAUAGUUUGAUAACAAUGGCAACUCACAAGCAAGAAAGGCUUUAAUUCCAUUUUCAGACAUUUGCUAAAUUGGCAGAGUGGUGGUUAUGAUGGUGGCCUGAACAAAGCUUGAGUGCUUGGACUUUCUCGAUUGAAACAAGGCAACAUUUGAACAAGAAGGCACAUUUAUGCAUUAUUCUAAUGUCCAGUUAGAAUCAUUCUUACAUCUAUGUGUGAAAAUCUCUAUAUCUGAAAAUCUGUGCUUUGUAUUUGGGGAUCUGAUUAGCUGGCUUUUUACAAAUAUUCUUGCUUUUAAGUCAAAAUGAUCUUAUUUAUUUUAACUACCAGAAUACAGCGCCUCCAUUUUAUCACAGAAGAAAAACAUGUCUGUAAAUUAAAGUAUAUUUGUUUCAGCCCUUGAAUUCUGUACAGCAUUUCCUGUGAUCUUUAGAAUAUGGCAUCUUCAUGAUAACAAAAAACAGGGGCGUGGAAUAUUUUGCAGCAUUGAAUGCAGUCAGUGAUUCCUUGUUUUGCCUCCUUUGGAUUAUGUACCACGAGACGCUUCAUAAUCUGUACCGCUUCCUCCUAGGCCAAUCCCCAAGACAGUCUGACACAAGUAGCUCUGCAGAUGAAACUAGAUUAGAAUAGGGUGACUUUGCUGGUUAGGGUUCAUUUCCUUUCUGUAAUGUGUAAAAUGUUAUCGCAAUAGGCAACCAGUUAAGAUCUACAUGCUUCCUGUAUCCUUUUCCUAACAUACUUCUGGCAGUUAGCAUUAUUUCCACUGAAGUGCCUGUCUAGCUGCUGUAGCAAUGCUGCAAUGACAUAUCUUUUUAUAAAGUGAGUGAUACUAAACCAUCUUCUAGUUAAUCCUAGAAUAAAUGUGUAGACUGAAUUAACAUUACAGCAAUGAGCCUUGAACUCAAAAGAUGGGAGAAUGAAUACAGGGUUAAACAUAAUUUCUUAUAAACGUAUGAGGUGCUAGAAAGUGUUUGAGCCUCUUGAUAUUUUGCUGUCGCUCACUUGACCUUAGAAAUUGUUUAAUUUUGCUUAGAAGUCAGAGAAUUGUGCACGGUUGCACAAUCUACAUCUAGGUUAGCUCAUGGAUGAAGAAGGGAAAUGUGUACACUUUUUGAUGGGUAUCUGUAGCACAUUUGUGCUAUUAAUAACAAGGUGCUGAAACUAAAGGCACAAUGGGAGGCUAGAAUUUGUUACUGAAACAGAAUAGCCAUUGUAUAAGGGGUUUCUAAGAACUGUCUGUUAUUUAUGAUGUACAUUUCUUCCACUUAUUUUUACUGUUUCAUACAUUGAGAUUUUAUGGUUAUUGUCAUUUCUUAGCUGUAAUUCCUCUUGGCUUGAUCCUACCACUGUAUUUACAUUUCUUAACUGGCUGUAGUAUUUCUAAAUAACCUGUUUAUGGAUUUGAAGGAAUUAAUGAAAACAAUCACAAUAUAAUUUUCAAGAUUAGGAAUUAAACUGAUAUUGUAAGGGAGAAGGUAACAAUAAAGGAGAAUACCAUACUUCACGCUUAGGUCUUAGAGCUCUUAAUUCUAUACUUCAUUUUUUUCAGAGAUUUAUCUGGAUCUCUACAGAAUGUUCUUUCUCAAAAAUAUUUGUACUUCUGCAUGAGCUGCAACAGCGCCCUCAACCUUUUGGGUGCCUGGGAUCGGUUCCAUGAAGAGAUGUUUUUCUGCAGACCAUAGGGAGCGUGGUUUCACAUGCUUCCUGCAUCUCAUGUGGGCACAGAUGGGGCUUCAUUAGUUUGUGCAGCCCGGUUUCUGGCGCACCCUAGACCAGUGCCAGUCUGUAGCCCAGAGGUUGGGGACCUCUGAAUUACAAUACAGUAGCUACACUUAAGGUCAUGUUGAAACUUAAUUACAUCUCAGGAAAAGCUUUCUAAUGGAGUUAGUAUAUCUUUCUCCCUCAUAAAUGUUGCACAGAAUUGCAGAUUUAUACAGAUGUAAUACAGUAUAUCAAAACUAUAAAGUUCCAAGCAUUGGAUUCCAGUUUUCAUUAUUGCUGAUUGCUGACCAUGCUUUGGUAAGAAUUCAGAGGCUCCUCACACAAUUUGUUUCCACUUAUUACUGCACUCCAAAAUAUCUAUACUCUUUUUUGUUGUUGUUAAUGUUGCAUUGUAACUAUGCAUUCUCUCUCUUCUAAGUGGGACACCCAAUAGUAUUCCAUACUAUGUUUAUAUAAUUUUUGAAAAAGCACAAGUGGAAUGUAC